CGGGAGAAGAAGGGAGCGGAUGUGCACAGGCUGAAGGAUGCCCAGGAUAAUGUCCCCGGUUUGUUCCCUUUCCCUCCUACCCGUAUCAUGAUAAACGCUGCUGGGGCGGUGGCCCGCAGGAUGCCGUCGGCGGCCCGGCGGAGCGGGUGCUGGAUAGCGUGGUGCCAGGCGGUCCUGUUUGGCGUGUCGGCGCUGGUAAUCGUGGCCGAACGGAGCGCUCUAAUCUAUUGUAUAGGGUUUUACCUUUGGAAUGAAGAGACGCAGUGGGCGGGCCUCACUCUCGGCCUCUUUCUACCAGGGACAGCAGUUCAACUGCUAAGUAUGAAAUGGUAUUAUGAUGAUGGUGAUGACAGGCGGUUGUACCUCUCUGUCAUACACAUACUUCACUUGGGCAUUUUCAGAAGGUUAUGGGACUGCAUGAGGUCUGUGUUGCGCAUGCAGGACUCCUGUGCCGAGCUUGGAGCUGCUGUCAUGCAGCAGGCAGAUGUUGCUGCUCUUUGGCUGCUGGAGGCCCUUGUCCUCACACUGCCUCAGAGCCUGCUGCAAGCAUAUGUUGUGGUGUCCACUGAUGUGGGCAUCAUGUCCCCAGUAGCCUAUUGCUGUGGUCUAUGUGUGCUGUCUAUUUCCUGGGCUCUGGUGCUGUACAGCAGAGCCUGCUGUCUGAUACGACCGGGCCACUUGGCCAUGCCUCCGGCAGCCCUCCUGUGCCAGCUGGUGUGGAGGGCAGGCAUGCUGGGUGCAAGGGUGACUUGCCUCAUGUUCUUUGCCAGGGUCUUUAGCUGGUGGGUCUGUGGAGUAGCAGGUUUCCACUGGCUCACAGCCUCCUUCUGGCUGGUAUCUCAGCAGCCAGACAUCUGCACUGGCCCCUGGUGUUGGCGUGCCUUUAACGGCAUCAUGGGGCUUGUCCACAUCUUCCUCUUCCUCAAUGUCAAAGAUGGACCCUCGCGCUUCCGCAUGGCCAGUUUUUAUGCAUUCAUGCUGGUGGAGAACGCCACUCUGCUGUUGGCCGCCUCCGACUUCCUUAGCGAAGCAUCAUGGGACAGCAUGACCCUUCCCACCACUGUGCUGUGUAGCUUUCUCCUCGGCGCUACCUCUCUUGUCCUAUACUACCGGUUCCUUCACCCAAAGUCAACAGAGAUCUCCCAGGGUACGAACCACAACCACAUGAGCAGCACGUGUAUAGAACAAGGGGAGUCGUCCUUCUCUCUCGGGGACAAAAGCCUACCAGCUCCCUCCAUUCAAAACCACGGCAGCUUCUCCCUCUCAGGUGUGGCUGGUUCUCUGCUUGAGCACCCAGGAACCUGUGGGGGCCGGCCUAACAGCUCUUGCCCUUGCUACCACCACCACUGGCUCCUAAUCCGGCUGGCUCUGAAAACAGGAGACCUGGGAAAGAUCAACAGAGCGUAUGGGGCCGGCGGAGCAGCAGCCAUACUGGACAUGGAGGAGUACAACCAAGAAUUUAAGAGUAACGAGGGCAUCACUAUCACAGCAGGGGGCAGCUGCGGGGGCAUCUCCACCUCUGAGUCUCAGGGGAAAGGCCCGGCACCUCUCUCGGACUGCAAAGAUGAGUUCCAGAGCGUGAGCGAGCCCACGUCAACUGAACAACCUGAAGAAGAGGAUGACAGUCUGGAGAUGGAGAGCCCGAUGGAGUCACCCACAUCCGAUUUCAAACGUAGCUCACCAGAGGGUAAGUCUGUGUUUGGAGACAGUCCGGAGCCAUACUUCUGCCCUACAGAGUCAAGUUCAACCUUAUAUUUCAGCGCUGAUCCUCAGUCCCCCAGCAGAGCCAGUAACCCCCGCUUGGACCGGGACAUUGGGGGCCUGGAACAUGGGGUGCGCCUAAACUCAAUCCCCAGCGAUCCAACACUUCACAGAGAUAUACGUGGGAUCAUGGGCCGGGUUGGACCACGCUGUACUUCCACUCCUAAAUUGGACUCUGGAGUCCUGGACUCCCCGUCUAAUGUCCCUCAUCUCACCGGUCCCAGAAGGCAGCUCAUAAUGUCGCGAAGAGAUGAAGAAGAUAACUUCUAGCAAGAUAGAAUCAGAGAACAGCAACUUAAUCAACAUUAAAGGAGUACGGCAGCUUUUUGAAAGGCUGCUUUUUCAUCUGCUCAGUGCUGUAGGAUGAGAAGGCUGGCAGAACCUCUUUAUAUCUACAUACCACAUUUUCAGGACACUGUGGGGCACAGUAUAUGCAAGAAUUUUGGGAUUAUGCUAAGCUAGCCUGUGUUCUUCUCAAAUCAUAAACUCUUUUCUAAAAGCAAAUGCUUUGCCGAAAUGCUGGACAGACAGAGGUGAAACCUUCAAUAGAGUUUUUAUCAGACAUGAAAAACAUAAUUAAAGAGCUAAUUGGCCACAAAUGUGGUGUAAGGAACUCAGACACACCUUCUACCUGGCAUCCAUUAAACAUUUGUUCAGUUCUUUUGGCAGCAAUUAACUUAAGCCUUAAGAAUCAUACCAUAUAAACACUGGUUCUGCCAGAUUGUAAUUACAUAUUAAAGAAUUAGCCUUGAGUUAUAUCCAAACAUCAUAAGAAAUACGAAGCUGUUUUAUGAUCUCGGAAAACGGUUGAUCUCUAUAUUACAUACCGAAACAGCUGUUAUUUAUGUUAAUUGCCAGCAGUUUUGAGAAUAUAGAAGUAAUUCCGAUAUCGAAAGGGGACAGGAGUGUCUGACCUCUGAAUCGUAACCAUCUCAGCUUAAGCCAGAGCUUUGUUGGCUUCUUUAAAGCACAAGUAUUUUCUGUACCAUACAUCUAUUGCUGUGACUUUUUGUUAUUUCUUAUUUAAAAACAAAAAACAAAUCCCCAAUCCACUCAGAGUACAACAACAAUACACUGUAUUUUUUGUAUAAUCAUGUCCGCUGGAAUUGCUUUGAGCAAGGCUAGUGGUCAACUGGCUGUGUCAAACUGUGUAUGAUGUUUUAACUUUAUUUACAUGUUGACCAUGUAAUUGCUAACAUGUUUUUUAAAUUUACAUUAUGUUGGUGGGGGGGAUCACGUCUCAGGCACUGACUCUAAAAAGCUUUCAAAUGUUUAUUGAAAAGAUGCUUCUGAGGUACUUGUUGUGACUUUUUAUGUGUUCUUGAUUGCUAUUUGUAGGGGACAAAUGCAUUUUUGCUCAUUACCGUUCUGUAAAAGGGAUGAAAUCCACUAACAAAGCAGUGAGGUGAUGCUGGGGUUUCUCUUGCACCUAGGUGACUGCCUAUAUUAAAUUUUGAACUGUGAAGUGCAAGGCCACUGGUGGCUUUAAAUAAGCAAUAAAUAGCCUACAUACAA